AUGUUACUACGACCCUUCCGUCCUCAUCGCACCAGACGAGUUAUCGGGAAUUGUGUAUAUCUCCUCUGGACUCUCACAUUCAUAAGCCUCGUCCACGAUCUCCACGCCAUUAACAUCGGCAUACGGAGUUCAAAUCGCUCAGUUCCCUCAAGAAGUCAACAACUCCCCGAACGUAUCUUCAUCGCCUCUAUCCACUGGAACAACGGUCCCCUCCUGCGCUCUCACUGGAACGCCACGCUCCUAAACCUCGUCCAAUAUCUUGGUCCGGAAAAUGUAUAUAUCUCGAUUGUAGAGAGUGGGAGUUGGGAUGAUACGAAAAAUGCGUUGCGUGAAUUAGAUGGAGAACUUGGCAAGUUGGGCGCGCAGCGGAUUAUACUCCUGAGUAAUCUCACGCAUCAAGAUCUCGUUGACCGGACCCCAGCAGAGGGCGAGACUGGUUGGGUGUACACGAAAAGAGGGAGGACAGAGAUACGACGCAUCCCGUUUUUAGCGGGGGGACGGAAUAGAGUUAUGGAUUCCAUGAAGGUUGCGGGUGGAAAGGCGUUUGGGAAGGUGCUUUGGUUGAAUGAUGUUAUUUUCACGACGGAAGAUGUUCUAAGGCUCUUGGACACGCAUAAUGGCGAAUAUAACGCGGUGUGUUCUCUUGAUUUCGCACACCCGCCGGGUUAUUACGAUACCUUCGCGCUCCGGGAUGUUGAAGGCUCGGGUACGGUGACGAGUACGUGGCCGUAUUUCCUGGCGGGGGAGUCGAGGAGAGCGAUGAUUGCAAAUUAA